GUUCCGGCCGGAGACAGCCGCAACCUGCCCUGUCCAAACAGCCCUCCCUUUUCUCAAACAACUCCAGACCAGGAAGUGAGAGGAAGGAGAGGCUUGCGCGACGCCCGCUUCCCUUCCCCCGAGCGCUCCUGGCGCGGCUGCUCAAGGACCCUCAGUCGCCCGCCAGUGCAGCUGAAGACCCCCCCGGGGGGGGGGAGGCGGAGGAGGCGGGAUGAUGGUGAAGCUGCAGUCAAUCCCAAACUCCACUUCCAGGUGGAAGGAGGAGAGCAGCAGUGGGUUUCUUUCCAGCGGGUGGUACUACGCAAAUCAGACAUUGCUCUUAGGCAUUGUGUUUGCCAUCGCAGGAAACUUUCUCAUUAGCAUCUCUUUGAAUCUGCAGAAAUAUUCUCAAGUUCAAUUGGCAUGCUUAGCCAAUCAGAAGCCCAUUUACCGAAGCAAACUCUGGUGGUGUGGAACUAUUCUUAUGGGGAUUGGAGAAAUGGGGAAUUUUGCAGCUUAUGGAUUUGCUACAGUCAUGCUUGUUGCUCCAUUGGGAAGUAUGGCUUUCAUAGGUAGUGCACUUAUAUCUGUCUUAUUUCAAAAAGAGAACAUGAGGUCUGAAGGUGUAUUAGGUGGAACUCUGACAAUUGCGGGAACAUUUUUGUUGGUGACAUUUGCUCCCCACAUUGCCCAGGAACCCACAGCAAAAAGGAUACAGAGUUAUUUAGUUAGCUGGCAGGUCCUGAUUUAUGUGAUCUUGGGAAUAAUAGCAUUCUGCAUUCUUCUGUAUUUCUAUAAAAGAAGGGAUGUGAAGCACGUUGUGGUUUUGUUAACCAUGGUAGCACUGCUAGCGUCUCCCACCAUCAUUUCUGCGAAGGCUGUGGCAACCAUGAUUAUACUUUCUGUUAAGGGAAACAUGCAGCUCACCUACCCCAUUUUUUAUCUCAUGCUUAUCAUAAUGGUUCUAUCUUGUCUUUUCCAAGUCAAGUUCUUGACCCAAGCAGAGAAACUCUAUGGAGCAACAAUAGUGAUUCCAAUAAACUAUGUAUUCUUCACCAUUAGUGCUAUCGUGACAGGAGCCAUAUUUUAUCAGGAACUCCAAGGUGUGAGUUUGCUGAGCGGCUUCAUGUUUCUGUUUGGGUGCCUUCUGUCAUUUGUUGGAGUAUUUUUAAUCACCCAAAAUAGAGGCAAGGAACAUUUGACAAGUUUUUAUAUAGACUAUGGACACAUUCCUGGAUUGACGACAAGAGGGAAAAUUCAACCAGAGUCAAACAGCUUGUCCUAUGGCUCUUUGCUUACUGAAGGUGAGUCUGUAAAGACUCAAAGCUAAAAGAAAAGAGCAUCUAUUAAAUGUCAGUUAACAAGAGAAACUGCUUAUUUAUUGGCUUCAUAUUCAACACCACCCUUUUAUUACUCAUGCUCAUUGUGUGUCAAGUUAUUUCAUCCUGACAGCUCUUAUGGUGAUUUAAUCCUGUUUGAGGAUCCCUUGGCUAUCGCAAACACAUUGCAAUUUAACCUAGCUGUUGUGUUCAAAAUGAUAGGACAUUAAAUGAAACCUGGGUGUUA